AUGGAAAUUAAAAAAGCGGUCUCCGAAGGCGUCUAUCUCGAUUAUAUCGUUAAAGAUGGACAGUUUUAUGUCACAUUCAUGUCAACCGUCAGAGAAGAUAUGGACAAGGUACUAUAUCGAAUUCUUUCAUACCAGUAUAUUUAGCCUUGCUUAAAGUGUAAGCAUAAUGCCAUACCAUAAUAUACCAUAUCACAUCAUACCAUAUCACAUCAUCAUAUUACACCAUGACAUACAUUGUCAUACAGUAGUACCAUACCAUCAUAACACACGACACUACAUCAUCCCAUACACCUACAGUAUACCAUACCACACCCUAUCAUAUUAUCACACAACACCAUUUCACACAUACAAUACCAUACAAUACCACACCAUACCAUACCAUACCAUGCUACAUCAUACCACACCAUACCAUACCAUACCAUACCAUACCAUACCAUACCAUGCAACAUCAUACCUCACCAUACCAUGCCACAUUUAUCCAACCUAUAACAAAUAGUAAUUUUCUGUCAUGUAGGUGAAACACAGCAUUCUUGAAGUCUCACCAUUGGCCAUCGAGAAACUUCGUUCACAACGCAUUCAUCCCAUCGUGUUAUUCUUAAAAUACAAAUCAGCAAAACACAUCAAGUAAGUACAAAGCCAAACUAGAAACAUUGCUGAGAAUAUCUGAAAACCUUGCACCAAGUCAAAGCGAGCCUCGAAAUAAGUGCCAGUCAUUGACCGGUAUAUUUUUCAGUUUUGACCAGCAAGCCCAGCAAAAUAUCGCAUGUCGAAAAAAAUGCGUACGUGAAAGAAAUUUCCUCACAUGGGUGGAUUUUUGUUUCCCAACUUGCUUUCAUUCUAUCAUUUGUCAUUACUCAGUAAAAUUUUGCGGCUCAGAUAUGUUAUAUGGUAAACAAUUGUUUUGUUUGUCACCAUCCAAAUACUAAAUAUUCUUUUGUCAGUUGCCCGGUGACCAUCUUUUGUACAAAAAUUCGUACUGUAAUACGCGUUUGGUCUGUGCCAGUAACAGGACAGAAAGUUAGGCCGAAGUUCUAGCUGCUUGUAUUUUUCAAUCCGUAUAGCUAAAUGUUGCAUCAAAUGUUUCCGUUGUGUCGCUGGGAAACAAACGAGAAUGGUCUGAAAACUCUACUUGAAUGGAUCUUGUCGUAAACAUUUUUUUCUUUUACUUUUCCCUUGGUAUAGAGAGCAGAGAGACGCGAAACAUUUACAGCAGAAAGUGUCAACAAAAGACGCCAGAGCAAUGUAUGAAAACUCUGUGAGAGUGGAGCAUGAAUUUAGAUCUGAGUUCACUGGUAAGUUCCAGAUUAACCUGAGUAUCAGGCCCUCGGUAUUGAAUACCAAGGGCCUGAUACUCAGGUUAGUUCCAGAUAGAUUUUAAAACAUGCUUGAUGCUUGUGUUUCACAAAAUCAGUCUCUGCUACUGAUUAUAUUCUUUUAUUGACAUUAAUGUAUCUUAUUUAGCCGUAGUUCCUGGCUCGAGUAUCAAUUCACUGUUCUCACAAAUUCAAGAUAUUGUUGAUCAACAACAGAAGAAGACACUAUGGAUUCCAGUAUCGUCAAAUUAA